GGUACUUGCACUGAGCUUCCGAAAGAGUCCUUCAUCGCUGCUCCGUGACAGAUAUCGCGUCACACAUCUCCUCGUUGCCUCUCGACAUCGUCACGCUUCGUCGCGAUAUUUGCGCGGCUACCCCGGCGUGACUGUAACGGGGUUUAGCAGGCCGUGGUCUUUUGCCAGCUCAGUCUUAUUUCGUCGAAGAAUUUUUCUACAGCACGUGAAAGUCGACAAGCUAUCGUAGAGUUUGGUGUAACUGCAAGCGCGCGCACCUUUUAGUAUACGCGCGAAGAAUCAGCAAUGCUCGUCUGCUAGUAUCCGCGUUAAUUAUCGGCAAUGCCCGUCUGCUAGUGUACGCGUUACAAGCCGACAAUGGCCGGGGCGGAGAGUCGGCCGCCUCCCCGGCGGGUGCAUUUGCAGCAGCAGCCGCUGGUGGUCACCACGACCGUUAUCCAGGCCGCUGCCGUAUUGAUCAUGUACAUCAUGGUGUCGCGCCAUCUCUCCAGCAUCGAACAGAUCGCAGUCGCCCUCACAGAGAGCAUCACGGAGCAGGCGUCCAACCAGGCGCACGACAUGCGGGUGCUGGUGGGCGCGCUGGAGAACCACACCUAUUCCGUGGCCACUGCAGUCACAGAGCACGUGGCUGUGCAGACUGGUCAGCUGCGCCAGCUGGCAUCAGAGGUGCGCAACCACAGCUCCACAGUGCAAUCCCACGUGGCAACGGUCAUGGACGCGGUUGGAGAGGGGGGAGGCGGCAAAGGCGGGGACGACCUCAGCAAGGACCGGCUGGCGUCCAUCAUGGCGGCAUCCGCGCGGUCGCAGUUGUCCUCCUCCUAGUCCUCCUACUCUUCUCCGGC